AUGUCCUUGACCACUGCCGCUCCACUUUUAGCGCUAUUGAGAGAGAGCCAAGAUUCAGUUAAAACAUAUGCCUUAGAGUCUAUAAAUAAUGUCGUAGACCAACUAUGGUCCGAGAUCUCGAAUGAAUUGCCGGAUAUUGAAGCAUUGUAUGAUGACGAUACCUUUUCUGAUCGUGAAAUGGCUGCUUUGAUUGCCUCAAAAGUUUAUUACAACCUUGGUGAAUAUGAAUCUGCAGUGAAGUAUGCACUUGCUGCAGAGGAUCGUUUUGAUAUAGAUGAACAGUCCCAAUUUGUCGAAACUAUAGUUUCAAAGAGUAUUGAGAUGUAUGUCCAAAAGGCAUCCAAGCAAUACACUAAGGACGAGCUAUUUUACACUAAGAACACCAUUGACCCAAAAUUGACGUCCAUUUUUGAGCGAAUGAUAGAAAAGUGUUUAAAGGCGUCAGAGCUGAAAUUAGCAUUAGGAAUUGCUCUAGAAGGGUUUAGAUUAGAUAUUAUUGAGAGUGCUCUAAAAAACAAAAUGGAUCAGGAUUCUGCUCCUGAAAAUGUUAAAACUAUCAAUUACUUACUGACCCUUGCUAUAACCACUGUAACAAAUUCCAAGUUUAGAUCCGCAAUAUUAAGAAAAUCUUUUGAUUUUCUAAUGAAUAUGUCUAAUUGCGAUUAUUUGACACUUAAUAAAGUAGUUGUAAAUUUGAAUGAUGCUGAAUUAGCCCUCCAGCUGUUUAGAAAAUUGAAGGAAGAAAAUGAUGAAGGGUUGUCGGCCCAAAUUGCGUUCGAUUUAGUUUCCUCUGCAUCUCAACAGUUGCUCGAGAUAUUGGUAACUGAAUUGACUGCCCAGGGUUACGAUUCCGCCUUAUUGAAUAUUCUGUCUGGUCUACCGACUUGUGAUUAUUACAAUACCUUCCUUUUGAAUAAUAAGAACAUUGACAUUGGACUUCUCAAUAAGUCUAAAUCAGCUUUGGAUGGGAAGUUUUCUCUAUUCCAUACAGCUGUCAGUGUUGCUAACGGAUUUAUGCACGCUGGUACGACUGACAAUUCGUUCAUAAAGGCGAACUUGCCAUGGUUAGGAAAAGCUCAAAACUGGGCGAAGUUCACAGCUACAGCCUCAUUAGGUGUCAUCCAUAAAGGUAAUUUGUUGGAGGGUAAAAAAGUCAUGGCCCCUUAUUUACCAGGCAGUCGAGCCUCUUCUAGAUUUAUCAAAGGUGGUUCAUUGUACGGUUUAGGCCUAAUUUACGCUGGCUUUGGUCGUGACACUACUGACUACUUGAAAAACAUUAUAGUAGAGAACAGUGGAACUACAGGUGAUGAAGACGUAGAUGUUUUGCUACAUGGUGCUUCAUUAGGUAUUGGCCUUGCCGGUAUGGGCUCAGCUAAUAUUGAAGUCUAUGAAGCCUUAAAGGAAGUUCUUUACAACGACUCUGCUACAUCUGGAGAAGCUGCAGCAUUAGGUAUGGGUCUUUGUAUGUUAGGCACUGGUAAGUCUGAAGCAAUUCAUGAUAUGUUUACGUACUCUCAAGAGACCCAGCAUGGCAAUAUUACUCGUGGUUUAGCUGUUGGUUUAGCCUUGAUAAAUUACGGCCGUCAAGAGCUAGCUGAUGGUUUAAUUGUCAAAAUGUUAGCAAGUGAUGAGUCUUUAUUACGUUAUGGUGGUGCUUUCACAAUUGCGUUAGCUUAUGCAGGUACAGGCAAUAAUUCAGCCGUCAAGAGGUUGCUGCAUGUUGCUGUUUCAGAUUCUAACGACGACGUUAGGAGAGCAGCAGUCAUUGCACUGGGGUUUGUUCUCUUACGUGAUUAUACUACUGUACCAAGGAUUGUGCAACUUCUAUCUGAGUCGCAUAAUGCUCAUGUUAGAUGUGGUACUGCCUUCGCGCUUGGGAUUGCCUGUGCUGGUAAAGGUCUACAAUCAGCUAUUGACGUGUUAGAUCCAUUAACAAAGGAUCCGGUAGAUUUUGUUCGUCAAGCCGCUAUGAUUGCUUUGUCUUUGAUUUUAAUCCAACAAACAGAGAAACUAAACCCUCAAGUUGCCGAGAUCAACAAGAAUUUUUUGAAUGUAAUUACAAAUAAACACCAAGAAGGUUUAGCUAAAUUCGGUGCAUGUGUGGCGCAAGGUAUAAUGAAUGCAGGAGGGCGUAAUGUAACAAUUCAGUUAGAAAAUGCGGAUACAGGUACUUUGGAUACCAAAUCUGUGGUUGGUUUGGUUAUGUUCUCACAGUUUUGGUACUGGUUCCCACUGUCCCACUUUUUGUCUCUCUCUUUCACACCAACAACAGUCAUUGGUAUCCGCGGUACUGAUCAAGCUAUACCUAAAUUCCAAAUGAACUGCUAUGCUAAAGAGGAAGCAUUCAGUUAUCCAAAAAUGUAUGAAGAAUCUAGUGGCAAAGAAGUGGAAAAGGUAGCAACUGCAGUCCUUUCCACCACAGCAAGAGCCAAAGCAAGAGCAAAGAAGACAAAGAAGGAAAAGGGUUCUAAUGAAGAAGAAAAGAAAAAAGAACGAGAAGAAAAAGAACGAGAGGAAAAGGAAAAGGAAAGCGAGGCAGAAAAAAAAGGUAUAAAGGAAACAAAAGAAAGUGAUGAAGAAUUCUACAAGAAUAAAUACUCUUCAAAGCCUUAUAAGGUCAAUAACAUGACCCGUAUACUGCCACAACAAUCAAGAUAUAUUUCCUUUAUUAAGGAGGACAGGUUUGUUCCUGUACGCAAAUUCAAAGGAAACAACGGAGUGGUGGUUUUAAGAGAUAAGGAACCUAAAGAACCCAUAGAGCUCAUCGAAACUGUCAGACAAAUGAAGGAUGUUAAUGCUCCACUUCCAACACCAUUUAAGGUUGAAGAAAAUGUCGAUUUUCCAAAUGCUUAA